AAAACACCCUGGAAACCCGUGUUUGUGUAUCUAUGCUGCGGUUUUUUUUUUUGACAAUUUAGUGCGACAUGACGGCUGGAUCAGUAGCGGUGCCAACUAUUAUCCCACUGCGGGUUCCUAUACCAGGAAAAUCAAAAUUAAACAUUGAUACGAACACCAGCAUUGAAAUUCGCACAGAUACCCAAGGCUCAGAAAUUUACUAUACCACAAAUGGUACUAAACCAGAGCCAUUUCAAAAGCAAGGAGAAAGAACUACCUUGAAGUACAGAAGACCUUUUUUAUUAGGUGAAGGUAAAAGAACAGUGAAAGCAGUAGCUGUUAGUGGUGAUGGAAGAGAAAGUAAUGUUGUCAGUAAAACAUUCAUGAUUGAAAGGGUUCCACCACAAGAUAGAGACAGUGAUGAUGAAAGUUUUAAAAAGAAACAAGGUAUUAAGUCAACUGCAGGAUAUUCUGCAAAUACUAUAAUGAAGAAAUUACUUGAAGAAGAUAAUACUCUAGCAUUGGAAGAUUUAACAAUUAGUGGUUCAAGUAAAAGACAACCUACUCAAGGUCCAAGGUUUACUGCUUCUCGUCUGGGUAAUAAAACAGGUCCCAAGUCACCAAAGACACCUAAACCACCCAAAACUCUUGAAGCAAAGACAUCAUUGGAUUUUUCAGCCAGUCGUCCUAGGAAUGCUCCUGAAAAUAUAACCCAGGCCAAUCGCAUACAAAGAGAAACAGACUUUCUGAAAUGUAUAUAUUGUUUAGCUGAUCGUCCUUCAGAUCCAUAUGCCCGUUUCUGUACUGAGUGUGGUUCACCUGUACCACCUGUACCAAAUACAAGAUUACCUCCCCCAGAGCCAGGUCAGGUUGGAAUGUGUGUUGGCUGCAAUUCUAUGGUACCUUUGAAUACUGAUAAAUGUGUUGUAUGUGAAACUCCAAUCCCACCUCAAAUGAUACCACAAGCAAGUAUCAAACUGCGGAGCAAGAUUAUGUGUAAUAGUUGUGGAACAGCCAAUCCGGUUAAUCUAAACUAUUGUGUCACAUGUGAGGCUAAACUUCCUGCUAAUGCCAAGCCAUUAUUUGCCGGGGAUUCUGCUCCACCACAACCAAGUAAAGAAGGCCGUUUAUUAUGUUGUAAUAAAUGUGGUAGAGUUAAUAACAGUGAUGCUAGGUUCUGUGAUUGGUGUGGUGCUAAGCCUGCACCUCCAAGUUGCCACUUGAUAUGUUCACGUUGUGGAGGUAGUAACCAGCCUUAUGCUAAAUUCUGUAACUGCUGUGGUGUACAGAUUGAACCACCUCAAAGACAGGAUCCAAGGAACAGUGGCAUCACACAAGAUGGAUUCACAACUUCUUCUAAUUUGUUUGGUAAUUCUCUGAUGGAUUCUUGGUUGCCUGUGGCGACACCUGUAUCCAUGAUACCAAAAAAAGGUGUUGCCACCCAGACUACAGGAUUAUUUUAUCCAUCCAACAAAGACUUGCAAAAGAAAGGAGAAAUGGAGGAAACUAUGAGGCAAGUACAAGAAGCUAUGAGUGAUAGAAAACCACCACUAUCAGCUGUCAGCCCUGGAAAAGGUUACUGGAGACAACAGAUGGAGCAUAUAUGUUCUCAUAUGAAAGCACAUGCUCAGAAUCAUCAAGAAUUUAGAGCAUCAAUUGGUGAACCCAAGAUUGGAAAGAUAAUAUCAGCAACAGUUCAUGAAGAUGGUUAUGAAAUGAAUCUGAAUGUAUGUUUUGCUUUGCGAGGACAGAAAGAUAAUAUGACAGGAAAACCAAUGAAUAUAUCAAAAGGUGGAUUUUUAAGCCAAUUAACUGAAAGUAGAAGACAUAGUUUUAAUGGAAGUGUUACUAGCAUGGAAUCUGAUAAUAAGAUUCCUCCAAAGAAAACUAUUAAGAAGAAAAAGAAAAAAGAAGAUAGUAAUUUGUCUGCUGAGGACAAGUUACUGUUGAAAGAGGUUGGUGCAAAGGGAGAGGGUGAUGCAGAAGAGGUUGAAAAACUAUUGGAACAGAGUGCUGAUUCAAACUGUGUGAAUUGGGAUGGUAUUCCAGUGUUAACAGUUGCUGUUAUGAAUAUGAAAGAAGAAUGUAUUGUUCCUCUAGUUAAUGCUGGCGCUAAGCUUGAUAAAAAAGCUGGCUUGAAGGGCAAUACAGCUUUGCAUGAAGCUGUUAAUCUGGGUCCUGAAGGUCAGAAAAUAAUCCAGAUACUACUGGAUUGUGGGGGUAAUCCAAAGAAAAUAAAGAAUGAUAAAGGAGAGACUGCAUAUGAUUUAGCUGUUAAAAACAAGCAUGAGAGCAUCAUAGCUUCUUUUAAUUCUAAUAUUGGGCAAGAAAUGCUGAAAAAAAUGAGUAAAAUUGAUUGAUAACAUGAAUUAAUAGCAGGGUAUUUAGUGAAACAGAAUUCAUCUA